CAUGACCAGCCGAGAUUCUCGCAGGAGUGGCAGUUCGUCCUUCCUGCUCCGAAGGGCCCCAGACCAUGCUGGCCGGCAGGAGGGUGGCGGUGCACGUCUGCAGAGGGGGCGGCUUCCCACAACGGGCCCGUUUCGACCAGAGCAUCGUUGGCCACUGCUGCCCACCCCACGAAGACGGCGGCAUCGUGCACUGCGCUCUGAAGCCCCCCCAGUUCCUCGUUUCUGACCGGGAGUUUCCUGGCUCCACCAGACUCCUCUUGAAGCGCCCCCCCUUCUGUCCCAUCAAGCAUUUGACUGCAGAGCAAAGGGCUUCUCUCCCCACAGAGACUCGGCACCAGGGGGUGGAUGUCGGGGUGGCCGUUCUCCUGGAGUCCGCAAACCAAAAAGUUUUGUUGACCCGUCGGGCGAGGAUGCUAAGUCUCUUCCCCAAUACUUGGGUGCCUCCUGGUGGCCAUAUUGAACCGGAAGAAGAGCUGCUGGAUGCCGGGCUGCGGGAGCUGCAGGAAGAGACUGGCUUGCACCUGAAGGAUGGGCAAUUGUGCUGGGAACUGCUGGCCCUCUGGGAGUCAGUGUAUCCGCCACGGCUGAGCCAAGGUUUGCCCCAACGCCAUCACAUUGUGGUCUACCUGCGCUUGGCCCUGCACGAGAGCCACCAGCAGCUCCAAGCCAGGCUGAAGCCCAAUGAAGCCGAGGUCUCCGCUGUGGCUUGGCUGGACCGCCUCACCCUGGCAUCCAUUGUGGCUACAGAGGAUGGAGCAGAAGGCGAGGCCCCAGGGGUGGGCAGGGAGGCACCAUCCACUGUCAGCAUCAUCAAACUGGAGAAGGGCUCAGCCAAGACCCUGGUGAUCCCAACCGCCGCCUUCCUGGCCACGGCACCAGGGGAAAACGUGGAGUGUGUCAGCACCGGGACCAAGUACGCCCUCCGGCAGUGGCUAAACAUGUCGUCCCUCUGAGCGGCCAAGGAUGCUCAAAACGCCUGGGAAACACGUGGACCAAUUCCCCUGGGCAGCACUCCAGGGUCCACCCGAUGCCUCUCGAGUUAACUUGGCAAUAUUUAGCUCCAGCAAUCAAAAAAUUCUUGGUUUUGUUAUGGAUUCCAGGGGAAAUCUGUGCUCGAGUCAUGGUUCAGUUGCUAAAAGAUAAGAAGUCUUAGUUUUUGCCUUUCCCUGGAGUUUACAUUAUAGUUGGUCCUCGACUUACAACAGUUCAUUUAGCGACCAUUCAAAGUGACAACGGCACUGAAAAAAAGGGACCGUUAUGAGAG